UCACACUAAACGAGUGUGAAUAUUUGCUUUUAAGGUGAGAACACGUUAUUAAACAAAUGUUUAUACGUACAGUGAAAUAGCCAACUAUGACGACUCUCUUCUACUUUUCCUUCUUCUUCACCAGCCUACCAAUAAAACUGAUUCCUCUGAUUCUCCUAAUUCUCCAUUUUCUUUCCACACUGAAAUCUCCAUUCUUCUUCUUUCUCUCUGCUUUUCCAAUUUCAAGGUACGUCUGGGCCGUGCCUCAGUCUCAGUGUGGCUGAUCAUCGUAACUUGGCAAGCUAUUGCCUCACCAACUAGCUAAUUAGACGUGAGACCCUCAUUGGGCGGAUCUCUCAUUUUGCUCCACAGCCUACGGGGUAUUUGCAGCCGUUUGCAGCUGUUGUUCCCCUCCCAAAGGUAUUGGUGGUGAAGGUAACAUUUCAUUUACUCAUCAAAAGGCACUAUUAACUGAUUUAGACACACGCUAAUUGACAUGAGUUGUUGCUUCUUUGGCGACCGGAAAAAGGGUCAUGAUCUCGUUCACCAUGAUACAAGAGAUGCAGGAGGUGACUCCAUUGCAAGCACAAAGAAUUUUUCAUUUAACGAAUUAAGAUUAGCAACCAACAACUUCCAUCAAAUUAAUAAAAUAGGGCGAGGCGGUUUUGGCACAGUAUACAAGGGAACUCUAAAACAAGGAAAAGAUGUUGCUGUGAAGACACUAGCAGCAGAAUCAAGGCAGGGUUUGCGGGAGUUUUUGACAGAAAUUGAGACAAUAUCAAAUGUCAAACAUCCAAAUCUAGUUGAGAUAAUUGGAUGCUGUGCUGAUGGAAAUAACCGGAUUUUGGUCUAUGAAUAUUUAGAAAAUAGAAGCCUUGACCGAGCACUGUUUGGUUCAAGGACUAGUGUUAAGUUAGAAUGGGAAAAAAGGACUACUAUUUGCUUGGGUACAGCUCGAGGUCUUGCAUAUCUACAUGAAGAAAUAGUGCCACAUAUAGUGCACAGGGAUAUAAAAGCUAGUAAUAUUCUGCUUGACAAGGAUUAUACACCAAAAAUUGGAGAUUUUGGGCUUGCUAAACUUUUCCCAGAUAACAUCACUCAUAUCAGCACAAAGAUAGCAGGAACAACUGGCUACCUGGCGCCUGAAUAUGUAUUAGGCGGACAAUUAACGAUGAAGGCUGAUGUUUACAGUUUUGGGGUCCUAAUACUGGAAGCAGUCAGUGGCAAGAGCAGCAGCAGCAGAAUUUGGCAAGGUGAUAAGAGGUCACUUCUUGAAUGGUCCUGGCGGCUCUAUCAAGAGGAGAAACUAUUGGAGUUGGUGGAUGAAGAACUAGAUGAAUAUCCGGAGAGAGAAGUCGUCAGGUACAUCAAGACAGCUCUGUUUUGCACACAAGCAAAUGCAAACAGAAGACCAAUGAUGAGCCAGGUUAUUGAGAUGCUUUCAAGAAAUAUCCAGCUAAAUGAGAAAGAACUUACACCACCUGGUUUUUUCGAAGAUUCUGAAGGAAGCGUGCAAUCAAAAUUGAAGAUAUCUGGAGGUAAUACUAGUCAACAAAGUUCUGUGCACAUCACAAUUACUCAAGUGACCCCUAGAUAAUCAUCCUUCGUGACCGCCUGAUCCGGCACUUGAAUCAUUCUUCCUGCGACAUUGUUUUGCAGCUUAAGAUGACGUUUGCUUGAUAUUUUCUAGGAAUUGAGUUUGCAAACUUGUAUAUUAUGGAUUUUUAACAAAAAAGGAUAGCUAACUUUUUCAAAUCUAGUUUUUCAAAUUUGUUGAGAUAUUUCUGAUAUCUUCAUAGAAAAGUUUGAACCUUUCUGCAAAUGUAGUUCAGACACAUGAAGCAAAAUUGAGUUUGCAAAUUCAAAA